UCAGUGUUGAGUUCACGAGUCAUGAGUGUAACUCAGUAUAACUUUUUUAUUUAGUCUGAUGAAAAUAAACUUAGUGAAAAAAGAAACAUGAGACUCUUAGGAUUAAUAUUAGUGUCGUGUUUGAAAUGGGUGGCGUCGUCGUCGGUGUCGCGACACGAUUACAGCGAAGUGAAGCUGUUCGAGUCGCCGGCCGCCUACGACGUGGAGUCCUCGGUGACGCUGAACGACGCCGGGCGCCAGGAGCGCGAGGUGGGCUUCAAGCUGCUGGCGCGGCUCGUCGUGGAGCCGCUCUGGGCAGACUCCCACUCAGAGUUCCUGUUGAAAUUUAACUUGAUUUCACCUCAACUUCACCUGCGAGGCAAACAUAUUAAUGCCAACUUCCGGGCAUUCAGCUCCGUGUGGGACUCGUACAAAGACACAUCAUUUUAUGUUCACUGGAAGAGCGGAGUGGUCCAGAACGCAUACCUGGACCCCGAGGAGCUGGAGGAUGUCCUCAACUACAAGAGAGGCCUCAUAAGUCUGUUCCAGUUCCAAAUAAUCGACGGGGAAUACAACGAAACAGAUGCCACCGGAGUCUGCGACGUGCUCUACGAGUCUAUUUCAUCGACCGUCUUCAGAAAAAUCAAGAGAAGCUGCUCGGCCGCCAACGCCACGGAGCAGGACCGGCGGCUGGCGGAGCACGUGUCGGCGCGGCGCAUCGCGCGCUACACGCUGGGGCCGGGGCUGCGCGCCGUGUACGCCGACGAGCUGCUGCAGCUGGGCGGCGCCGAGCUGGGCGUGAAGGCGCGCGCCCUCACGCGCCUGCAGCCCGCCGCCGCGCCCGCGCCCGCGCCCGCGCCCGCCGCCGCCUCGCUCGCCGCCGCCCUGCGCGCGCUGCCCGAGCGGCUGGCGCCCGCCGCGCUGCAGCUCGCCGGCCAGGGGGAGCCGGACGAUGACUUGAACUUGGAGGAGGCGAUAGCGGCCAACGACGAGGCUCUGCGGACGGAGGAGGCGGGCGAGGGGGGGCGCGCCGCGCACGCCGCCGCCGCGCUGCGCCUGCUGCCCGCCCUGCGCGCCGCGCCCGCCGACCGCCUGCGCCGCCUGCUCGAGCGGGAGACCGACCCCGCCAAGCUGAGCGGGCUGUGCCGGCUGCUGGGGCUCGCGGGCACGCGCGCCGCGCUGGCGGCGGCCGACGGCUUCCUGCAGCUGGCGGCCGCCGACCCGCCGGAGCCGCUGGCGCGCGCCUUCCUGCGGCGCUGGCGGCGCUGGGCGCGCUGGCCGAGCUGCCGGCGCGGGAGCUGCACUACGCGCGCCGCCGCCGCCUCGAGCCGCUCGCGCUGCUGCCCGGCAUUCGAGUCGACCGGCGCGCGCGCUCUUUUCGGCGUCCACGAACGUAACCUCGCACGUCGCGCAGGUCGGCCGCUGGAGGUGCGCGCGGCGGCGCUGGACCUGCUGGUGCGGCGCAGCGCGGAGCGGCCGGCGGCGCUGCUGGGCGUGGCGCUGGAGCUGCAGCGGCGCGGCCCGGCCGAGCUGCGCCGCGUGCUGUGGCAGCGCCUGCACCAGCUGGCGCCGCGCCACGCCGCGCUGCGCGAGCUGCUGCCGCGGCUGCCGCGCGAGCUGCGCUCGUGGCACGCGCGCGCGCCGGCCGGCACGUCGGCGGUGCUGCGGCGCGACACGGGCGCGGGCGCGGCGCUGGAGUCGCUGCAGGUGGCGGCGGGCGGGCUGCUGCGGCGCAGCGUCGUGCGGCUGCUGGGCGCGGACGACGCCGAGCUGCUGGCGGUGGAGGUGUGGGCGCGCGGGCUGGAGGCGGUGGCGGGCGGCGGCGGCGGCGGCGAGGAGCUGUACGAGGGCGAGGAGGCGCCGGAGCCGGCGGCCACGCUGGCGCUGGCGGUGGACGGCGCGCGCCUGCCGCCCGUCGACCUGUUCCGCGGCCAGAUACUAGGACUAGCACUAGGACUAAUUAUGCUAGCAACAAUUNCGGCGCUGGCGGCGCUGGGCGCGCUGGCCGAGCUGCCGGCGCGGGAGCUGCACUACGCGCGCCGCCGCCGCCUCGAGCCGCUCGCGCUGCUGCCCGGUCGGCCGCUGGAGGUGCGCGCGGCGGCGCUGGACCUGCUGGUGCGGCGCAGCGCGGAGCGGCCGGCGGCGCUGCUGGGCGUGGCGCUGGAGCUGCAGCGGCGCGGCCCGGCCGAGCUGCGCCGCGUGCUGUGGCAGCGCCUGCACCAGCUGGCGCCGCGCCACGCCGCGCUGCGCGAGCUGCUGCCGCGGCUGCCGCGCGAGCUGCGCUCGUGGCACGCGCGCGCGCCGGCCGGCACGUCGGCGGUGCUGCGGCGCGACACGGGCGCGGGCGCGGCGCUGGAGUCGCUGCAGGUGGCGGCGGGCGGGCUGCUGCGGCGCAGCGUCGUGCGGCUGCUGGGCGCGGACGACGCCGAGCUGCUGGCGGUGGAGGUGUGGGCGCGCGGGCUGGAGGCGGUGGCGGGCGGCGGCGGCGGCGGCGAGGAGCUGUACGAGGGCGAGGAGGCGCCGGAGCCGGCGGCCACGCUGGCGCUGGCGGUGGACGGCGCGCGCCUGCCGCCCGUCGACCUGUUCCGCGGCCAGGCGGAGCUGCUGGGGCACGUGUGGGCGGGCACGGGCAGCGCGCCCACGCCCGUGCUGCGCGCGCUGCUGCUGCGCGACGCCGCCGCCGCCCUGCCGCUGGGCGGCCUGCGCCUCGCCGCCGCCCACCGCCGCGCCGCCGCCCUCGCGCUCGACGCGCACGCGCAGGUGUCGCUGUGGUCGCGCAACGCGCGCGCCGGGCUGGAGCUGCGCGCGGGCGGCGCGGCGCAGGUGUCGCUGGCGCUGCGGACGGCGUGGGGCCGCGCGCGCGCCGUCUCCUCCGCCGCCGCCGAGCCGCGCCUGCGCAUCGCCGCCGACCUCGACUUCUACGACGCCGUCGCGCUCUGCGUCCGCGUCAAGCUCGACGACUACGACCUGAGGAAGGAGUGCCACCUCGAGUCGGUGCAGGGCGACCGCUCGCUGCGCGUGUCCCGCUGGCGCAACGAGACGGCGCCGCAGCCCGGCCGCACGCUGUCGCUGGAGCGCGCCGCCGACGCCGCCUGCCGCGCGCUCGCCGCCAACGACUAGCGUCCGCGGGCCCCGCCUCGCUGGCCCCGCGCCCCGCACUCAAGCCAAAGCUCCGACGCCAAACCGACGGCUCCUCGCGCAGGAGCCGGACUCGCGCCGCCAUGACACUUAGUUCAUAUGUGGACCCAAGUGCUGUGACUGUCACUUUGAUGCACUUUAUUAUAUUGGUAAUGUUAUGUAAAAAAAAUAUAAUUCAUAUUUUUAAGGUAUAAAUAGACAGCGUUUUUUAUACUUGAUUAAACGAAAAGGGUUGAUUCCACUGCUCAACCGGAACUACUUAUCCUACAGGACCAAUAUCAAAUUAUUAAACAAAAACACGCCUAUACUACAAUGACCGAUUGCUGAUGAUGUAUGAAAAGGUAUUUAUCCUCGGAUUUCGGUCUUUUAUAAAAAGUCAAAUUCAAUAUCCCAUCCCAA